AUGGCAUUGGGCGUUCUCGAAGACCGCCACCUUGAGCACGUGCCCGGCACGGCAAGGCUCGAGGAGCUCAAGCACAACAAGUACGGCGUCCCUAUCGCAGCCGCCACGAACCUAAAGAAGGGCACGGGUCGCGAUUCACAUGUCAUUCUUGUCCCACAACCUUCCGACGAUCCACGAGACCCGCUCAACUGGCCCACGUGGAAAAAGGAGAUUUUAUUCUGGUCGAUAUGCUACAUGGCCGGUUUGGUAGGAGCAUGCGGCCCGCUCCUGGCUCCAGGUUACGCAACCAUUGCUCUGGAAUGGGGCGUCUCGACAAACGAUGUUGCCGCUUCGAACGGUGACCUGGUUAUCGCCCUUGGGUGUAUCAUGAUGGUCAUGGCACCUUUUGCAGUCAAGUUUGGCCGGCGUCCUGUCUUUCUGCUCUCGGCGCUGCUGCUCUUCACAUGUUCAAUCUGGAGCGCGGUAUCAAACAGUCUGCAGAGCUUUGUUGCGAGCAGGGUGUUCCAGGGCUUUGGGAUGGCGAGCUUCGAGGCGCUGGUCACUGCUACCAUUGGAGACAUCUACUUUGUCCACCAGCGUGGGUUCCGCGUCGCGGUUUGGGGCUUGGCCAUCCUCGGUGGCAUCAAUGUUGCACCCAUUGUGAACGGCUAUAUGAUCGAGUCCAAGUCGCUCGGCUGGCGGUGGUGUUUCUGGAUUAUCACCAUCUUCUUCGGCAUAGCUCUCGCGGCCGUAAUUCUCUUUGUUCCCGAGACGAACUACGACCGCCGUGCCGAAGGAGCCACGGAGACUGCCACCCCAGCCAGCGAGAAAGUCGAAAAUGUGGGGGAUACUGAGAAGGAGUACGUGGAGCAUAUCCCGAGCGUCGAACAGGCGCCGAAGGGGAAUCACCUCCCGCCCAAGACGUUCGUGCAGGAACUCGCGCCCUGGUCUGGGUAUGUCAGCAAAGUCAGCUUCCUGCAAGUGUUCUUCCGACCAUUCCCGUUCUUGUUGUCGCCCAUCAUUUGGUUCGCGAUAUUCUCAUACGGUCUAACAACAUGCUGGCUCGUCGUCCUCUCCGUUAUCUCCUCCGUGGUCUUCUCCGCCCCGCCCUACAACUUCGACGCCUCCCAAACCGGACUGGUCUCCAUCGGCCCGCUCGUGGCAGGGAUCAUCACGGCCUUCUUGGCCGGCCCGCUAUGUGAUUACUCCGCUACCUGGUUCGCGAAGCGGAAUAACGGCAUUUACGAGCCGGAGAGCAGGCUGUACAUCAUGUUCUUCAUGCUCAUUCUGGAGGUGGUGGGCUUUGCGGGGUGGGCCGCGAUGCAGAGCGCCGGUGUGCACUGGAUUGGACCGGUCAUUAUGUACAGUUUGAUCAACGCCGGCCAAGGAAUCGGUUCGACGGCGAUUGUGACGUACGUGAUCGACGUGCACACGAAGCACUCCCCGGAGUGUUUCGCCCUGAUCAACUUCAUCAAGAACGUCAUCCUGUACGGGUUCACCCAGUUUUCAGUCGCGUGGGUGACGAAAAUGGGAAUCUUGCACACCUUCGGUAUCCUCGCGGGCCUCGCCGCGUUCUGCAUCUUGACCACAAUCCCGAUGUACGUCUACGGCAAACGCGCGCGGAGCUGGGUUGCCAGGCAUCCUCAGAUCUUCGACAGGCAGUAGAGAGAGAAACGCUGAGCUUGCCCCGGCAGUACUGCUUGUGUUGUGACGUUCUUUUUUAGGUCAGACGCCCCGGUUUCUUUGGUUUGGU